AUGGUGACAUCAUUUGCUCUCCUUUGUCUAUCAGUUGGUAUAAUUGAAUCCCUGGCAGGAAUUCUAGGAAAUGGAAUUAUCUUGGCUGCCAGUUCAUCGAGCUGCAUUGGGAGCAAAACAUGGCCUCCAUAUGACAUGAUCAUGAUCUCUCUGACUUCAUCUAAAUUCAUUUUGCAGUCAUGGAAUAUACUGGAUUACUUAAUGAAUAUAUUUUAUGAACCCUUCUUUCGUACAGAAAACCUGCUAAUAGUUUCCAAGACAAUUUUUACAUUUCUGAGCUACUCCAGCCUCUGGUUUGGAGCCUGGCUUAGUGUCUUCUAUUGUAUCAAGGUUGCCAGUUUUACACAGUCUUUCUUCAUCUGGCUGAAGCUAAGAAUUGCCAGGCUGGUGCCCUGGAUGCUGCUCACAUCAUGGCUCUGCUCCUUCAUAACUGCAAUUCCCUUUGCCUGGGAUAUCUACAGUGUGCAUGAGAACAUCACUGCUCCUUCAUCCAUGACCAACUCUUCAUCAAUGAGAGCCACAAGGAAAGACGGUUUGGGUUUGAUAAUUCUUCUCAGUAAUGCCGGUAUAGUUAUGCCUUUAAUACUGUCUGUUGUUUCCAGUGUUCUGCUGAUUUGGUCUCUGUGGAUACACACCAGACAGAUGCAAAAUAAUGCGAGUGGCUUCAGGGAUCCCAGCUUAGAGGCCCACAGGAAAGCCAUCAAGUCAGUCUGUUCCUUCCUUAUCCUUUACAUCAUAUAUUUUAUUUGUGUGCUUCUCCUCUUAUUUAGCAUUUUUUCACCUUUAAGCAAUGGAGAAUUGAUCUGUGUCAUUAUAAUGGCUGCCUGCCCUACAGGACAUUCCAUAGUCUUAAUUUGGAGCAAUCCCAAAUUUCAAGAUCUGCCAGCUAGGAUGUGGCACCUCAUUAACUGUUCUGUCAGAACUGCAUUGAUGUAA